CUAUGUACAGCUCAUCUACCCAGCUUGUCAGACGCCCCCAGCCACUACCAGGCAGUGUGUCGGGCACUGUUCGCAGAAACCAAGGAGCUUCGAACAUUCCUGGGAAAGAUAAAGAGUGCUAAAGAGAAUCUGAGGAAAAUGGAGGCGGCAUCUUCAGAGGAGCCUGGACGAGACCUGAAUGAACUACAAAAUGCUGACUGGGCACGGUUCUGGGUUCAGGUGAUGAGGGACCUGCGUGAAGGAGUUAAGCUGAAGAAGGUGCAGGAGCGUCAGUACAACCCUCUGCCCAUCGAAUACCAGCUCACACCCUACGAGAUGCUCAUGGACGACAUCAGGUCCAAGCGCUACAAGCUGCGCAAAGUCAUGGUGAAUGGAGACAUCCCACCAAGGUUAAAGAAAAGUGCUCAUGAAGUGAUCCUGGAGUUCAUCAGGUCCAGACCACCUCUUAAUCCUGUAUCAGCUCGGAAGCUUAAGCCUCAGACUCAGCCGCCUCCCACGCUACAUGAGCGGAUCCUGGAGGAGAUAAAGGCAGAGAGGAAGCUCCGCCCCGUGUCCCCCGAUAUGGUUCGCAAGGGACGACUGGUAAUUCGGCCACUUAGCAUGUCUUUCAGUUUUGAUGCGUCAGGUUUUGGCAAAACUCGCAGUAUGCCACAGGAUUUGUUCCGAACAGGAAUAGAUGAGUACAGUCCAUACAUGGGCAGGAGGACAUCCAGUACUCUGUCUCUGAUCAAUGGAUCGUCAUCACCCAGAGUAGAACCAUCUGGUUCUCAGUCUGUACCUCAAAGAAAGAAACUUCUGAAGGCUCCAAGCCUUGCCGAGCUGGACAGCUCCGACUCUGAUGAUGAGAUUGUGGGGCACAAAUCAGCGAGCAGCUCCAGUGUGGCAACAUCUUUGAUGGAUGAUACAUCCCCAGAGUCUGUGCUAGGCAAGAAAACUCCGCCCAUGUUCCUCCCCAUCUCCUCCACACCUCAGCCAGAGAGGCGUCAGGCACCCCAGAGGAGACACUCUAUCGAGAAGGAAACACCCACCAAUGUCCGGCUGUUCCUGCCACCCUCUAAAAAGAGCUCAAAGUCUUUGGAGGAGUUCUGUUUCCCAGUGGAGUGUCUGUCUCUGACGGUGGAGGAGGUCAUGCAUAUCAGACAAGUGCUGGUGAAAGCUGAGCUGGAGAAAUUCCAGCAAUACAAAGAAAUCUACAACGCUUUGAAGAAGGGAAAGCUUUGCUUCUGUUGUCGAACCAAAAGGUUUUCCUUUUUCACCUGGUCCUACAUCUGCCAGUUCUGCAAAAAACCCGUGUGCUCACAGUGCUGUAAAAAGAUGCGGCUGCCGUCCAAACCUUACUCCAGCCUGCCCAUCUAUUCCAUUGGCUCUACCAACACCCUCCCCAGAGACAGAGUAAAUGCCAUGACCGCUGUAGGACAAGGACUCUCUGUGGCCGCGGAGCCAGAGCCGUUAAUGGAAGCUGCGGGGGCCGCUGCGCCCCCCACUUUGAAAGAAUCUCCAAAAGUAACAUUGAAAGGAGCUGGAAAAGCUACAGGAGCAGCAGCAGCUGCUAAAGCUGACAAGUCCUCCGGGAGCCCACAGCGCCACGGCAUUCACAAAACCAUGUCCAAGCUUUCCAAGCACGGCUCUUUGAAGUCCCACGAGGAGCUGGAGCUUCCCUCGGAGCUGACGGAGGACUGGGCCACCAUGGAGGUGUGCGUCGACUGCAAAAAGUUCAUCUCUGACAUAAUCGCCUCCAGCAAGCACAGCCUGUCGCUGGCCACCAAGAGAGCUCGCUUAAAACGCAAGACGCAGUCCUUCUACUCCCCUAAAGGCCGAGAGGAGUACAGGCCGUCUGAGCGAACAAUCAACGAGAUCUGAAGCAUAUGCCGACGCAUAUUUAAGUCAGAGGGAGCAGUUCGAUUACUUGAAUGGACCUCAGAUGGGCUUUCUUUUUUAUCUUUUUUUUUAUGUCUGUCUUAUUUCUUUUGGGCUGUGUCUUAUCACAGUACAGAACUCUUCCAGAUGAGAGCGUACUAAGCGUCUGCCCUCUUUUUUUUAUAUCAUGGACAUCAAAGUAUAUCCUUCUCUGUUUGGCUAUGAACCUAUGACUUAACGGAAAUAAACGUGGGAAGUCAAUGUGGACCGACUUCCUCUACUCCAUUGGCACAACAGUGUGAUCCAGCCCAACUCAGAUUUAACUUAAAGCACAAUACUGAGGAGACAUGGAGUUAUCAGCUGAAGUCAUCCUCAAAUAAACACAGAAUUCUAAGCUGAGAAUAUACUACUUUGCUAUGGGCUAUGGUUUAGGGUUUCGAUUUGAGUGUAUGUAUGUUUGUGUGUGUGCACAAAGGAAAUGAUCAUGGAAAAAAGAAAAGCACCUUCCGUUUUCAAUUUUGCUGAUGAGGCUCUCCGUCUGAUUUUUUUUCUGACGAGAACUGUACCACAGAUAUAAAAAUCGACUGGUUUAAAUGCUUAUUAGUGCCAGAUAAUUGUGAUUUUCUUACAUGUGAGUCACCAAUAGAUCUUUACUGCUACUGUGGAGGCCACAACAUUGCUUAAACCCACAAUGAAAAUUGAACAAUGUAGAGGAAAAUAUUGUUUUUAAUUCAAUUGAAUAAAGAUAAUAUACUUGGGUGUUUUGGUGGGAGUUAAACAGUCACAGCACUCAGUCAUCUGUGUGGGUGGGGUCAGAUUGACAAAGGUCUGGUGUUCCAGUCCUUUGCAUCAAAUUGGCAAAAACAGAUACAGCUGAGCCAUUGAUGUCUCUUCAUAAAUUUGAUUCGUCCUUUUUAAUGCCACACAGAUCUAGAAAAUCAGCACAAUUGCAAAAUGAUUUCUUUUUCAGAGACUCCAGAGUUGACAGUCAGUGGUGUAGUGGUACAAAAAAAACAUGUGUCACGUGAUUCAGGUUUGACUUUCAAUGGUUAAUAAUAUGUGCAUAUUGUUGCAUUUUUUAAAUGUACCUUGACAUUGAUGAAUAUAUAGUUGAUGCUAUCUCUUUUAUGUUUCUUGACAUUACUUCUUGAUUUAUGUUUGCAUCUUGUAAAGAUCAGUCCAAACAAAACGCCUCAUACACCAAUUAUGAAACUCAGUUCAAUGUAUAGGCAGCAAAAAAAAUUACAAUUCCAAGUCCCGGUGUUCAGUACACACAGUGAAUGCCAUAAAAAUGCCUUUAUGAUUUCUGUCCAUCACCCAGAGCCUUUCUGGCAGGAAGUAAGGUCUGUCUUAAGGCCUGGAUGUCUGUUAUUUCUAUUUUUCAUUUUGAUCACAUGCUUCAUUUUCCUUCUGAAUUGUUUCUGCCUUAACAGUUGCCUUUUUAUGAUCACUUGUAUCUCAAACAGCUGUCCACUGUUAAUGUACAUACUUUGUUUCCAUUGUUUAUACAUAGAUCAGGUGUGUGUUGGUUGAAUUGAAGAAGGCAGCGCCGACAUUGGCACUGCUGUAAUUCAGCAUCUCUGCAAAGGGAAUCUCCCUGUAUUGGUGUGUUCAGGUCAAACGUAAAGUGCUACAAGCUGGGCGUCUGCAGUGGAGAUCUUGCAGUGUAACAGACGGCAUCCUGCAUGUAAAAAAAAAAUGUAGCUGGCACCCUCAGUCGAUAUUACCUUUAAUCUGUAACUCCCUGCAGAGAUUGCAUCGAAUGAUUAAUACAACAAUAAACCUAAAUGCAAUUCCUGA